AGCUCUCUCCACCUCCUCCCCCCACCCUGCCCCACCCCACCCAACCACGCUCCUCCUCCCUCCGUCCCUUGCAUUCAUGGUUGCCGUUUCAAAGCGUCCGCGACAUUGCUCUGCGUUCUCUGGCUGCGGUAGUGUCGCAUGCCGCGGAGGAUUUUCGGGGAGGAUCUGAUGCCGUCGUAGUGGAGGGAGGGGAGCGAGAGAUUCGUGGUGUGACGGUUCUGAGUUGAGUGGACCGUUUCAGGUGUACGACGACGAGGAGUCAUGACGAGAAUGGUGGGAAGUAGGUACUACCGGCGCAGUGGAAAUUUGGGGAUUGAGAUCCUGGUUUUCAGCUUGUUCGUGAGCUGCUGGGUUGCCUGCUUGUGGUUAUUAUGAUUAUAGACGCCACUGUCCACUUGGCUUUGUUAGCGAGAUCUGGAACGAGUGUAUCGUUACGUUUUGGAUGUUCGGAUAGUUGGCUGCUGAGAGGGGUUUAGCUUUGUGACACUGGUGGGGAAAGCGAAUCUGUCGUGAAAGAUACAUGUUCUGGUACUUAUUUCGUUUAUACAGUUGUCAGCUGGCCCUGAAGUGCUGGAUUCCGCGUAGUGCGGGGCCAAUGUUUUCAUUUUUUGCAUGUGAAAUUAUCAGAAGAUCCAGUGGUGCACAAGAGUUUCAGGCAUGUCGAUUCGACCACUUUUUUCCCCUGCGCCUCGAGCUAGAUAAUUUUGUCCACUCGAGUCCAAUAAUGGUCUGGAAAUGCAUUGGAGAUUCAGAGGUUUAAGUCAGAUACUUGAUAUGAUAUUUCUAUCCAUUCCUCUCUUCGUGUUUCUGAGUGUUUAGGAGUAUCGUAUAGAAUGUGUAUAACAGAAACCAAAUUGUACCGAUUCAGCUAGCAUUGCAUUGUCUUGGAAGUCAGCACAAGACUUUUCGACACUUUGGAUGAAGUAGGCGGUAUCGCUUGUAUGAGGUUUUCUGAGAAGUCACUAAGAUCUAGUUAAUGGGAGUAUCUACUUGCAGCAGGAAGAAGUGAGUUAGCCCAAUGCAUUUCGAGUAUAAUUUUGUUCCUCAAAGCUUCCCUCUUCCAGUGAUAGCAUUUCUGGAUCACGCUGAAAGCUACCUUUUAAAAUUGGAUAUUUUCGGCAUAUCGUUUUGGUUUUAACCAAGUCUGAGAUUGAGAGUGCAUCAAUCUUAAAUAUGUGAAGUCCGGCUUUCAGCUAGUGUAUUUGCUGUGAAAGUGUACAGUGCACUCGCGUGAUCGCUUUUCUUCGAGGCUAGUCUCUUGAAAACUACAGCAAGUUGCUUAAUUUACUCACUUACUUCGAUUAUGCCAGCAAUGUCCAUCACUGGGGGGGCAUGAACACCAAACGCCCUUGCUGCUUCCUCUCGAAACUGGUGGCAUCGGUGAGCGAAAUACGUUGAAGUCCAUUCCCUGUGAUGCAUCUGUAGGUGGUGAGGAGCAGAUGCCUGGAGCUUGACAUCGUGGUGCAGGUGGGACGAAGGGCGAUCAGCGGGGUCGGAAGGCCCCAGGCGAGUUGAAAGAAAGAGGUUUGGGGAGCGUGGGGAGGUCGAAAGAUGUCGAAGGCGAUGGCCGGGUGGUUUGGGCGCACCCACAGCAAGUCCAUGUCCAAGAACAUGAACAAGCAAGACGCGCAGACGGCAGAGCAAGGGAACGAGGAGAAGGAGAAUGGGAGCGAGAAGGAGGUGAAGUGCCUGACGAAGUGCGAGUCGCUUCCGACGAACUCGAGCAGCGUGGAGUCGGACGACGACGAGUCGCAGGCAGAGCAGGAGGCAGCGUGUGCAGCGUUCAACGAGAAGGAGCUGGGUCCACUGGUGUCGUUGAAAGAGCAGCUGGAGAAGGACAAGGAAGACGAGAGCCUGCGGCGAUGGAAGGCGCAGCUGCUGGGGGUGGCAAGCCUGGAGGAGGGGGACGGGUUCGUGGAGCCGGAGGUGAAGGUGGUGUCGCUGGGGGUGAUGGCGAAGGGGCGAGCGGACAGCGAGUUUCCGCUGCCGCUGGGGACGAACAGCAGGGGUUACACGUUUUCGCUGAAGGAGGGGUCGACGGUGGCGCUGAAGUACGUGUUUACGGUGCGGAACAACAUCGUGUCGGGGCUGACGUGCGUGAACACGGUGUGGAAGGUGGGGCUGCAGGUGGACCAGACGCGGGACAUGAUGGGGACGUUCGCGCCGCAGCAAGAGGCGUACGUGCACAUCGCGGAGGAGGAAGUGACGCCGUGCGGGCCUCUGGCGCGCGGGGCAUACACGGCGCGGAAGAAGUUCGUGGACGACGACGGGAGGGUGUACCUGGAGUUGGAUUACUCGUUCGAGAUUCGGAAGGAGUGGUAGAGUGAGUGAGUGGGUGGGGCGAGGCGAUCGGAGGGAGGAGAAGAGCGAGAGGGAGAGGGAGAGGGAGCGGGAGAGGGUCCCAUUGUGUGAUACGUGAGAGGCAGGGUGGCAUGUUGGCAGUCGAACGACGCGAACGAGGGAAAGAACGGAUGAGGAGAGUGGAAUUGAGCCGAGAGGCGUGACCGAGUCGAGGGAGAGGAGGAUGCAUGGCGUGUGGGGAGGCGGUGGAAUGGAGCAGCAGGGCAAGGGGCGAGGGGUGUGGGGAAGAGGAGGUGUGAAGGAAAUGAUUUGGAGGAAGGUGUGGAAGGAUUGGCGAUGGAGAGGGUGUCACGGUGCGUGCAAAAGCUAAGAACGUUGGAACGGACACAGACGGCGAAGUGUGGGUCCCCCCUUGUAAUUUACAGCUUGUCCAUCUCCUGAGCCUGUAAUAGUUAUUUGAGGGCAUUUAUUCUGCAAUUUCUUAACGCAAGAUGCCCAUGCUGUGGGUGUAAGUAAGCGUACGCUAUCUUGUUUUGAAUCGGACAAUGGUGUUGACAACAUGUUCAGACACUGUGACAGUUGUUAAGUGUACAUUUGGCUUUUUCUUCCA